AUGCCAUCGACCGCGGCCGCGUCGGACGCGCGUCGCGCGACGCAGAACGGAAGGGAUGAGGUGACGGAGCUCUCGAGAGCGCUUCGUUCGCUCAGCGCACGUCCAUCGAACGAUUCGCGCGCGAACGCCGAUCGGCGCGCGCUGUUCCGCAGAGUGAACGCGUUGGUCACGAGCGGCGUUGAUUGCGCGUCGUUGUUCCCGGAUGUGGUGGUGAACGCGCACGCGAGCGAUCCGGGGUGUAAGAAGAUGAUUUACGGGUUCAUCACGCGACACGCGCGACGGAACGGCGAGUUGGCGAUUUUAACAGUCAACGCGUUACAGAAAGACAGCGGUGAUCGAGAUUCGACGAUCAGGGGAUUGGCGAUACGGUCGUUGGCGAGUUUAGGUGUUAAGGAUUUAUUGGAGUACAGCGUGACGGCGGUCGAGCGAGGAUUGGACGACGACGAGGCGUACCCGCGGGCGACGGCGGCGAUGGGCGCGUUGAAGAUUUACGACGUCGAUGCGAAGACGGUUCGAGAGAGUGAGAUAUUGGAAAAGCUACGGAAGAUGUUAGUGAGCGAUACGGAGGAGGUGGUGGUUGGGAACUGUUUGAUUGUGUUGAAAGAGAUUGACGGCGCGGAGUCGCUGGCGACCAAGCCAAUCGUGUACGCGCUCAUAAAUAGAAUCAAGUCGUUCAGCGAGUGGAAUCAGGUGUUGAUCCUAGAUCUAGUCGCGAGGUAUAAGAUUGAGAACGCGGAUGAGACGUUUGACAUCAUGAACGCCCUGGAAUCUAGGCUCGCGGUGCCGAAUUCCGCAAUCGUUUUGGGAACGGUUAAGGUGUUCCUCACUGCGACUUUGGAGAUGCCAGACAUUCACCAACAAGUGCUCGAGCGCAUCAAGGCCCCGCUGUUCACGCUUGCGAACAGCGGGAUGGCCGAAACGUCGUACGCGGUUUGGGCGCACCUUCGAUUGCUCGUCAGGCGCGCGCCCGUGCUCUUCGCAACAGAUUACAAGAGCUUUUACUUUCGCAUGAGCGAUUCGAGUGCGGUGAAGAAUUUGAAGCUCGCCAUGCUCGUCGCCGUGGCGGACGCACAGAACACGUACGAUAUCGUCACCGAGAUCACGGAGUACGCGACUGAUACGGACGAGUGCAUCGCCGCGGCGUCGGUUCGCGCCGUGGGCGACAUAGCGCUUAAGGCUGCGGAUGAGUUGGAGGGCAUCGUCGAUCGCUUGCUGCAGUACUUUGACUUGGAUAUCGAACACGUCACCGCCGAGACCGUGCUUGCGGUGGCAGACAUCGUGCGAAAGCGGCCGGCGCACGCGACUCAGUGCGUGGAAGCGAUGAAAAACAUCGAUCUGUACGACGUCCAAGAGCCGAGUGCGCGCGCGACGUUGAUUUGGUUUUAUGGAGAGUACGGUGAGCACAUUCCCAUGGCGCCGUAUUUCGUCGAGCCUGUGCUGACGAACAUGGUAAAUGAAUCGGAUCCAAAAGUUCGAGCGCAGCUCUUGACGUGCGCGAUGAAGCUUUUCUUCAAGCGACCGCCAGAGACGCAAGCCAUGCUCGGUGCUGCAUUGGCCGCCUGCGUGCGCGACGCUAACCAAGAGGUCCGCGACUUGGCGAACACGUACUAUCGUCUCCUGCAAAAAGAUGUAUGCGCGGCCGAACGUGUGGUGAAUUCGCGCGAUGACUCGCCGAUUUAUACCUUCAAGGAAACCAUGGCCGAGGACAAGGUGUUCGACAAAGUCUUCGCCGAGUUCAAUACGCUCUCCGUGCUUUACGGACGACCCGCUGAGACGUUCAUCGAUCCUGAGGCAGCAGCUCGUCGACGAGCGCGCACAAUUCAGGAUGAAGACGAAAUCGACGACGUGAAGCGCGACGAGGAAGAGAAGGAGCAACAGGACAUGGGUGGGGCGUCUUUGCUCGAUCAUGCGGACAUGAUUGAUUUUGGCGACGAAGAAAAGGCAAGCACUCCCACUUCGCGAAGUGGAUCGGCGGCGGAUUUGCUCUCGCUCUUGGAGAUCGAUGUACCGCCGCAGGCGUCCACGACGUCGACGCUUGCGCUCGAUCCAGCGCCUGCGCUCGAUCCGGCAAGCUUCCAGUCCAAAUGGACGUCGGCGUCUCUCGUUGCCUCUGGGCUCCAGGCGACGCUUCGAUCCGUCUCCGUGUCUGGCGCGACGCAAAUAACCGCACAUCUAACGUCAAAGGGUAUCGCGACCAUGGCGAGCGGCGGUCCACCGGACGCGAUGAAGUUUUUCUUUUACGCUGUCGACGCGAGUGUUCGCGACAUCUUCCUCGUGGAGGCGAUGGUUGACGCACGCGCUAGAGGCUCAACGUUUACGAUCAAGUGUGAUGGACGUGGUUCGAAUUUCGUCGCGUUUCAGCGACUCUUCGCAGACGCCCUGGCGUCAGUGCCUUAG